AUGAGAUGUCUUCCUCAUCUGUUUCUUACAACAUUUUUUCGUAUAUACACCAUGAACCUUUCCCAUGAAAAUCUUUUAGAGAAGGAGAGUGUGAAAAAUGCUGUUUCAAGACUAAGUGGAAUGAUAGUUAACAAAGGUAGUAAUCUUUUGAAUGGCUAUUCCAAAUCCCUUUAUCUUUCCAAGGCAAAGGAGGAGGAAAGUGAGGAAGAAUCAUCAAAAGAUGAUAGUAGUAGUGACUCGGAGGAAGAAAAAGAUGACAGCGAGAAAGAGGAGGAUAAUGAAAGUGAUGAUGACGAUGAAGAUGAAGAUGAAGAUAGUUCUUCCGGUUCUUCUGGGGGAAAAAAGGAUCUUGGAAAAGCCGCCCUAGAGGGAGCUCUGACUGGACUAGGUGAUACACCACAAGGAAAAAUGGUUAAUAAUGUUAGAAAAUUAUUCCCAUUUGGAUAG